UUCAAUAAUAUCAUCGGGACCGGUCGUGUUAAAACAGUUUCGCACGAAGCGAGGACGGUGUGAGCCGUGAGCGCAGGGAAAUAUGUCGAUCGCGAGAAACCACGGCGAGACUUGGGAAAAAAAACGAGAAAAAAGAGAGAGAAAAUGGAAGGAAUGACCAGAGGGAGACUGCGAAAAGAGAGAACGUGCAUUUCAUGUGCCUUCUUCGGUCGACUCGCUUUUGGCACUUUGCGUUUUGCUGCAAGGGAGUUACGCUGUGAAGACGCGGCGAAUGUGCGAAUUCGGUAUAAAUUGUACGCCACCGGCUAUAGAAGAUUUUCCACACGAUCUGUUUGAUGAGGAGCAAAGACGAGGCGGUGCCGUUGUCGUACAUGUCAUCGUGUCGCUUUACUUAUUUAUCGCUUUAGCAGUAGUAUGCGAUAAAUUCUUCGUACCUGCUGUAGAAAAAAUAUGUCACGCGCUCUCGAUGUCAAAAGAUGUAGCCGGCGCAACGUUUAUGGCGGCGGCAACGUCGGCUCCAGAAUUAUUCGUGAAUGCCAUCGGAACAUUCAUCACGGAAGGUGACAUUGGCGUCGGGACGAUAGUAGGUUCCGCAGUAUUCAACAUUCUGGCUGUCCCAGCCUGCUGCGGCAUCGGUGCGGGAAUGGUGGUGCCUCUGGAUUGGUGGCCCGUUAGUAGAGAUUGUCUCGCUUAUGGCGUCACGGUCGCUAUUUUAAUAUGCAUUAUACACGACGAGCGAGUGGAAUGGUACGAGGCGUUAACAUUGGUGCUCUUGUAUAUUGUUUACAUCGCCGUGAUGUAUUGGGAUAAAUCGUUCCAACGGUGUACAAGAUUUCGUACAAACGACGAUCAGAUGUCCUCGGAUGGCCGCCGAGUUACAUCAGAUGCCAGCGACAUUCACUUACCAAGAUCUGACAUAAAAUUGCAAUCGCCUGGAGAUUGUGUGGAGCAAAUAGCCACUAUCGACGUGCCGUUGCAGAAUGGCGGGACAAAGACGCAGGAGGAAAAUCCAGAUCCUAAUUAUGAGUAUGAGCUCUCAGUGUGGCCGGCGCAUGCUGGAUGGUUGAGAAAGACUGCUUGGGUCACGACGUGGCCCAUUCACCUGAUAUUCAUGUGCACAAUUCCUGACUGCGAGAAGCCUCGUUACAAGAAUUGGUUUCCCUUUACAUUCGUGAUGUGCAUCGUUUGGAUUGGAUCGCUCAGUUAUGUAGUAGCGUGGAUGAUCACUAUAAUUGGCGACACACUCAAGAUACCAGAUUCCGUAAUGGGCAUCACUUUUCUCGCGGCGGGAACCAGCGUACCCGAAGCCGUGUCGAGCGUGAUCGUUGCGAAACAAGGGCAUGGUUCGAUGGGCAUCAGCAAUUCGAUAGGCUCGAACACGUUCGACAUACUGCUUUGUCUCGGACUACCCUGGCUGAUCAAGUCGUCUUUCUCGCCCACGCAGCCCGGCAGGCAUUACAUCAGCAUCAAUUCCGGCGGGUUGGAAUACAGCGCCAUAUCGCUGCUGUCGACGUUGAUGCUGCUGUACAUCGCGUUCGCCUCCAACAGGUUCCAGCUCGACAGGAAAGUGGGCCGCGCCUGCUUGUGCAUGUACGCCGUCUUCCUCAUACUGGCGUCGCUGAUCGAGCUCAACGUAUUCUUCAUGGUAAACCUGCCCACCUGCCAAAGGACGGUGAAAUGA